AUGAAUGAGGACGAGGCCAUCCAGAACAUCACCAAGAAGAUCGAGCGCGAAAAGGCUCUGAUCAGCGCCGCCAAUCCCAUGCGUUCGCAGACCAACAACGAGGCGGUGCGCUCGCGGCUCGACUCCCAGAUGCGCGACGGCCGCCGCAACCUGCAGUUCUUCGAGGAGAAGCUGCGGGACAUCCAGAUGCGCAAGGUCGGCCAGGGCGUCGAGGGCAUGUCUCUGGGCGCCGACGACGCCGGCCGGCCUCCUCCGCCGCCCAAGGACGCUUCGUCGGCGUCGUGGGGAGACCAGCCCGCCUACGGCCAGCAGAGCCAGGUCGGGCCGCCCUCGGAUCUGGCACCGCCUCGCCACAACUUUGGUGCCCCAGGCCCUGGAGCUGCUCCCAAGGCUCGUCCCAACUUCACCAAGCUAGGUGCGUACAACUGA